GAGUGUACCUCCUGUACUGGCCGUGCACGUGGUCCAUAGCGCUAGGCUCACUCCCCGGGAACGUCCCGCUCGGGGCGUCGCUGCAGGCCGCGGGGCUUUUCCUUGCGGGUGCGGGGCUUAUGCGGGGCGCUGGGUGCACUAUCAACGAUCUGUGGGACAAGGAUGUGGAUAGACAGGUGGCGACAGUGUUCGUAAUAACCUACCCCCUAGCGAAGCGGUAUACAAACUACCCUCAAAUAUUCCUCGGCGCCACGUUCAACUGGGGCGCCUUACUUGGGUACAGCGCGGUACAGGGUACGAUAGAUCCGGCGGUAUGCGGUCCGUUGUACCUCGGCGCGCUCGCGUGGACUGUGGUGUAUGACACUAUUUAUGCUCACCAGGACAAAGAAGACGACGCCCGCAUCGGGAUGAAGUCAACAGCUUUAACCUUCGGCGCUCACACCAAGCCGCUGCUGUCGGGCACGCUGGCGGCCAGCGCGGCCUGCCUGGCGGGCGUCGGGCACGCGGCCGCGCUCGGCUGGCCGUACUACGCCGCGCUGGCCGCCGCCGUCACCAGAGCGGGACACCAGGUGCGUUAGAGCGAGAGAAGUAGU